GUCAUGGUGAGGCGACUUAUGUUUACUAGUAAUGUUUAGUAAUCCUUAGUAAUACAGAAACCAACAGUGAAAUUAGGGGACAAAACUUGGCAUAGUAUCAUCGCUCUAUAGAAGGACACCAGAGUCAAGAUGUCGGAUACAUACUAUGGUGGCACUUAUGCUCUGUCUGACCAGGGAUCAUCCCAGGAGAGUGCUGCAAAUUUUGCACGUCUGUCACAGACGGUCAGCAGCAACAUACAGAAGAUCCAGCAAAAUGUGUCACAGAUUCAGAGGAUGGUUGGUCAACUGGGUACCUCACAAGAAACGGAAAUGCUGUGGGAUAAAUUGGGCCAGAUCCAGCACUAUACAAACCACCUUGCAAAAGAUACGAGCAAAAACCUGAAGGAUUUGUCAUCUCUUGGCCCGUCAUCUUCACAGUCUGAUCAGAGGAUUAGAAAGAUGCAGGUAGAGAGACUGACUAAGGACUUCUCGGAUGCGCUCGGCAGCUUUCAGUCAACGCAGCGUCGUGUUGCUGAGAGGGAGCGAGAGAGUGUGGCACGCACGAGGGCACAGUCUUCUUCAAAAGCAGGUGAUUUCGACAAUGGCACCGACCACACGCUUGUCUCGAUUCCCGGCCCGCGAGCCCCACAGCAAAUGCAGGCUCAGAUUGAUGACACCGACGUAGAAUUGUUACAGGAGAGAGAGAAUUCCAUUCGACAGUUAGAAAAUGACAUUCAAGAUGUUAAUGUGAUCUUUAAAGAUCUAGGAAUGCUGGUACAUGAGCAAGGAGAGAUCGUUGAUUCGAUUGAGGCUAACAUUGAGCAAGGCGCAAUCCAGGUGGAGGAGGGCACGCGGCAGAUACGCAAGGCAGCUGACUAUCAGACACGGUCGCGAAAGAAGUGUUUCUGCAUCGUCGUCAUCUUGAUUGUACUUGGCGGUGUUAUUGGGCUGAUUAUUUGGCUGUCCACCCGAUAAUGUUUUUAUUAGAUUUCGAGACGAAAGAAGACUGUGAUUUUGGCCGUUUUCCUCGUAAUCAUCGGAGUGAUUAUUGGUCUGAUUCUGUGGCUGGUAAACCGUUGAUGGGCCUCAGCGCGGACGAAAACUCUGUUAAGAUCCCGUAAAUCAUGCAGUUUAUGGGCUCUUGAUUCAAUGCAUCUUCUGUGACAUGCACUGCAGAUGGUCCUUGCUGUCUAUACAUAAUCAAACAAGAAUCACACGGGGAGGGGAGGGGGUAUAGAUGGCACAACUUCUACCAGUGUGUGACCGUAUUCCUUGUGAUUUUUGUGGGUGUGGUCUCUACUGGUAUCUGCACUCCCACUACUUGUUGUCAUCUCAUGGGUUGGGCUUUUGUUGCCAUGAGUUUUGUUUGGACCUGGCUUCCUUCAUCCCACCUUUGUCACUCAGUAGUCAGUAGUGUCAGUAGUAGGAGUACAGGUGCAGUCAUGUCACAUGUUAGACAGUAGUGUAAAUUAUCAUACUUUGACGAGUAUUAUUCAGACUGGUGUGUGUGUGUACCUACCUAACGAGGUCGCUACACUAAUAAGCAAAAGCAAAGCUAAGUAGCAGUUCCAUGUGCUGGAGAAAUUAUGCUCAUUUGCAGAUGUAGCAUUGAUUAUUGGUGGAUGUUAUAGCGAUUCGUUUGCGUUCAUGUAUUAAUGUUUACCGAAUAGACUAGCAUGUCAAUGGUCCAAUAAUACUAAAUAGUGUUACGUAAAUAUGACCAAUAAGAUAUUGUAACACUAUACUAUGUUGCCUAGUUCAUUAUAUGUUUUAGAGCUUUUAGUAAGCAGCUAGAGCCUGAUGCUAUUAUUAGCACACGACUAAAUAUUAUUAAAGCACAGGCCAGUUAAAAUUUCACAACUAUACACAUAUAUAUACAAAAAAUUCAAAUUUAUUAUUUAAGCAUUACUGGUAAUGCAGUUUAUUAUAAUUAUAUGCAUUGUUGGGAUACUUAUUGUGGAAAUUACUCAUGAAGAUUACCUAAUAGCCUGCUUGUUUAUGAACAAUUGGUCAAUGGGAAUUAAUUCCAGUGUGUAGCAGUGCAGCAUACAAUGAAGCUAUAUUUAUUAUGUGUACCAUCGUAUUAUCUUUUCGUAACCCAUCAUUCAGUCCCAUUCUAGGAGCAGAAAAAUCAUUUCUGUAGCGCUUUAAACUCUCUUGACUUUCUUAUGUGAGUCUAUGCUCAUAGUGGUGUUCCCUUACAUGCGACCGAGCUUUAAAAAGGUUUACAAUUAUAUGUAAAUAUGGCAUGUUAUUUUAUAAUGGAAAAAAUAAGUCACAGUGUGGUGAACUGAACUGCCGCAUAUUUGCACUUAUGUUGACAGAGCUGAAAGUUUCAACCUAACUAACAGUUAUGAAAUAGAUGUUGUUUUUGUUGCAGUAGAUGUAAAUAUUAUUGGAGCGCAUGCACCAAAUAGCUUCACAAAAGAUUUCUGACUUGGAUGUGGAGUUUUCAGAGACAGUAAUUGUUAUGCUAUAUUCGCAGGUAUACAGUAUGUGAGGCAGGUUUCCCAGAGGACUUAGUACUUACUCAUUUGGUGUGUUUUGUUCAAUUCUAGAUGUGGGUAUAUAAUCGAGAUUGGUGACACAAACUGGUCAAGUGCUGUAUAUAAGUCCCAACCCUUCACUAAUAUAGUGUAAACUUGUCAAUAUUUCUUGAAAUGUUCACUAUAAGAGAGGCUGGAGAACCUUGACUAAAUUACUAUACGUAUAUAACUUGUUAUGAUGAUUAAGAGAUAGCAACAUUUGUUUGCAACAUUUGUUUAACAACUGCUUGAAAUCGUACACUGUGAAGUUACAAAUACUGGAGUCCUUGCUUGUGAAAUUAUGCAUCGUUCAGUUAUCUAUUUAGCAAUCUAUUUAGGUUGCAGCUAUAGUAUUGCUUUCUUAAAGCACUUCCUAUUGAUCUAUCCCCUUUGCAGUUUCCUAGAUCUUCCUAUUCAACAAGAUGCUGCUUGUAUAUGGUGUGAACUUGUGAAGCAUUGCUAUGUACAUGGUAGACACUAUAUGGUAAGCCAAUAAAAUUGUGACUGAUAUAAGAA